AUGACAGCCACCAAGAGGCCGAGACUAGUGAUCCUUUUUCCUGUUCUGGUUGAACUAGAAAUUCAGACACAAAUAGACCAUACUUUAGGGACUAUGCCAAAGGAAAAAUUACCUCCAAAAAGCCAAACAUUUAAGCCAAGUGUUGAAACACAUGCUGUGAACAACAGACCUCCACCACCUUUCCCCCAAAGGCUUCAAAAGCAGAAGCAAGAUCACCAAUUUAGGAAGUUUCUUGACCUCCUAAAACAACUUCACAUCAAUAUUCCAUUUGUAGAUGCCUUAGAGCAGAUGCCAACUUAUGUUAAGUUUAUGAAAGAGAUACUUUCUAGGAAAAUGAGGUUAGAGGAGUUUGAAACUGUUGCUCUUACACAAGAGAGCAGUCAAUAUAUGCUUAGCAAGAUACCUCCCAAAUUAAGAGACCCAGGCAGCUUUACAAUCCCUUGCACCAUAGGAGACCAUUAUGUAGGUAGAGCAUUGUGUGACUUAGGUGCUAACAUUAAUUUGAUGCCUAUGAGUGUUUUUAAGAAGCUAAAGGUAGGAGAACCUAGCCCCACAAUUGUUACCUUGCAAUUAGCAGAUAGGUCCCUAGUCUAUCCUGAAGGGAAGAUAAAAAAUGUUUUGGUCAAGGUGGAUAAGUUUAUCCUUUGGACUAUGAGGAGGAUAGGGAAGUGCCUAUAA